AUGGCUAGCCUCGCAUCCUCGCUCCCACGCGCUCUUCUUACUCCGUCUCUGUACGCCAACGUACACAAUAUCUGGUUCCAAGGCGUAGCACCAAACUCCAAAAUUGCCUCACGAGAGGUAAUGACGCGUUGGUUCGGCCAAGGAUCGCCAGAGGACCGUCGAGCCUUUGACGAAACAUGCUCGAAAGAAUUUGCGGCCGCUCUGGAGUCUAUUGGACCGGACAAUUUCCCUCUUCCACCUGCACUAAACUUCCAUGAAGAGUCUGCCGCCGCCGCGAGCAUCGCAGCUCCACUGAUGAAAAACAUCAACAACACUACGGACGACGAAACAAAAAGUUCACAAGCCCUCGCUCUCGUUUUGCUGCUCGAUCAGAUCCCAAGAAAUAUAUUCCGCACGCGCCAGGCCGUUAUCUACACACACUACGAUCGGCUGGCGCGGGCAGUGCUCCGCAACAUUAUGAGCUCCGACCCGCGACUCGAUAUGCACUCUUCACUCCGGCUGGCACCGGCUCGACGCAUGUGGUUUUAUAUGCCGUUGAUGCACUCAGAGUACAUUGAGGAUCAUGAGACGUACAUCAAGGUCGUGAGCGAGAUGCAGGCAGAGUUUCGACAGCACGGAGACAAACAGAGCGAGGAUUACGUUGGAUGGAGCUUGGAUUCUGAAAAGAAACACAAGCAUCUGAUCGAGCGGUUCGGGAGGUAUCCGUACCGAAAUGCGCAGCUAGGGAGGACACUGACGAAAGAAGAGGAGGAGUAUCUUCAAAGUGGAGGAGAGGACUUUGGAACUGCAGCAUAG